CUUGGAUCUUGGUAUUUUGUUGUCUAAUUUCCUGUGGUCUUUGUCCGGUGAAGAAUCAAAUUAAUUCCUUUCGGUGUCUUUUCAAAACAAAUGCGACGGCAAAACCACCACCGAAAACAAGAAGUCUACCCAUAACCAUACACACACAUAUUCUUAAAUACAUAUUCACACACAUAUGGUGAUAAUGAACACAAAAUUAAAUUAAUAAGUGGGUGAAUUUUUUUUUUUAAUUGGUAACUUGACAUAAUAUGGCUGUCCUCAGAUUUCAGAAUAUGUCAUAAAGGCACAAGUAAUGCCGUUUAAACUAUUUUCUGAUAUCCAUAUUAGAAAUAUCGUUGGUUGACGUCAAACGAUAUUAUUCAUUUGAUCAGUAAAGUUACCCAGACUUCAGGAGCAGCUACACAAAUGGUGUUGAGAAUAAUACUGCGGUAUGUGCAUACCGACAUCCACCUGUAUGUAUAGGUGCAUAUCUGGGUACAGGACAUUGCAAACAAAACGUAGACGAGAAAACACACAAGCCACAUAGAGAACAUUCUACUUCAUCAGCUACCCCCGUUUUAACACCGGCGUUUCGAAGAGCUAGGCAGGACGCAUCGUUGAAUAUAUUAUAUAUAAAUAUGAAAGUGACAUCCGAAAAGCAUGUUGAAAAUAUUUUCAAGAUACCUGCUACACAAUGAACACCUUGUACAAAAACUAUCGGAGAGCUAUCCUAUACGACGCAGUGCCCAGUUAGUUGCCUAUAUCUUCCUGAGAGGAAAAGAGAAAGGACUGGAAAGUAUUGAAAAAUUAAAAGACCACGAUUCUGUUUCGCCAAAACGAUUACAAUCCUUCAAGAAAACUUUCCAAGAGAAACUGCAGGAAGGCAUCAGAGAAUGGAAGCAAAAGAAUCCAUAAUUUUUUUAUAUAGUUUUGAAACCCAAAGUCUUUUGUAUUUAAUUAAUGUUUAGUUUUUCUAGAUGCCUUCUUCAAGUGGAAUUGUUUCUAUUGUUAUCAAAUCAAAAGAACCAAAUAAAAAUGCAAAUGGAGUUUUUA